AUGUCGCAAAAAGUCUGGAAGAGAAACUUUGCCGACGGGCACGGCCUCGAAAAGGCCCUCGCCGCGAUCAAGACUCCGGGUCCGGAGGUUCCGAUCCCGCAUCCCCCGGCCACUUUUGACGAGCUCGCCGCCAGCGAUUUCGGCGGCAAGGGCUUCACGCUGUCCUCCUUUACCGCCUCUGACGCCUGCGAGCUCGGCCACCUACUCGACGCGCGGCUGCGGCCCUUUGCGGCGACGCGGCCCGCACUCGUGCACGUGUCGACGGCGUCGGGGACGACGCUGUACCAGGGCGCAACGGGCGCGGGCCUGCUGCCGGACCACGAGUCGUGGGUGCGGCGCAAGCGCGCGACGGUGCUGCGCUGGGGCGUGAGCUCGUACCUGGUCGGGCGCAAGCACGGCGGCGGCGACGAGCGGCUGUUUGCGGCCAAGAACGGGCUCGGCCCGGAGGGGGCCGGCGUGUACGCGAUUCACGGCGGGGGCGUGCCGCUGCGCGUCGAGGGCGUCGAGGGCGUGGUGGCGGUGGUGGUGGUGAGCGGGCUGAAGCAGGAGGAGGAUCAUGGAGUGAUUGCGGAUGUAAUUCGUGCGAAUUGGGUUUGA